CUUCUGCCUCUCCUGUCCUCACGGGGGCUCUGGAGGUGGCCCCAGGUGGCAUACAGCACCAAGAGAGGGAGCACUGGAAGGCCCAUUGGGAGGUACCCGGUGCCCAACAAGAAGGACAUGCCGUAUGACAUCGUGGAGCUCAUGGAGGAAGUAGAAAGGAAGACUGGAUUUCUGCCUAAUGUGUUCAAAGCCAUGUCACACCGACCUGCUGAAUUCCGAGCCUUUUUUUCUUGUUACAAUGCCAUUAUGAACAAAGACACAGGGCGACUCAGCAAGGCAGACAAAGAGCUUAUAAUUGUGGCUACCAGUGUUGUGAACAGAUGUCCCUACUGCGUGGUUGCACAUGGAGCACUUCAUCGAAUAUAUUCCAAGCAGCCAGUGCUGGCUGACCAGGUCGUUGUGAAUUGGAAACUGGCCGACCUGAGCAACCGGGACCUGGCAAUGCUGGAGUUUGCUCUCGCCGUCUGUCGAGCUGAUGACAUCACCGAAGAGCAUUUCCAGAAGCUGGAGCGGCACGGUUUUGACCGUGAAGAUGCCUGGGACAUAGGCAUGAUUUCUGCUUUUUUUGCCAUGUCUAAUCGCAUCGCUCAUUUCAUCGGGCUGCGCCCCAACGCGGAGUUCUACGCGAUGGGCAGGACGCCCCGAGGGAAGGGGGAGGAGGAGGAGGAGGCCGAGCGAGCCUGA